AUGAAAAAAGCAUGGUCAUGGUUAUUCGAUAGAAAAUAAUAACCAAGCCAAGUUUAAGAAUAGAGAUAGAAUAAUUUUGAUAAUUUAAUUUUCGAAGAAAAGAAUUCUGAAUUGUAAGGCAAGUUAGCAUCUUAUGAUCCUUAUAAAUAUAAAUAAUAUUUUUGGAGCGCUGAAUAUUAAAUUAAAGAAUCAAAAAAUAGAACUUUGAUCUACUCUUACAAUGGAGAAAUUAUUAGAUAGUUUAAAUAUUAUAUAAUGUAUAGAUAGUAAUCCCACUAUAAAGAGUAAUAAUAUUAAUCACAAAAUAUAUUAAAUAUUGAAUAAAUUAAAUAUUUAAAUUGGGAAGGAAAUUAUGGAAAGAAUAAUUAAAGAGUAGGGAAAUGGGAUGCAUUUUGGAAAGGAGAGAAAUUAAUGGUAGGCGGAUUUUAUGAUGAAUAAGAAUAAAAGAUAGGAAUAUGGAUUGAGUUAGAUCAUAAUUAUAGCAAGUAGUUUUACCACUACUAUUUAUAAUAGUUUUUGCCAAGUUUUUCACAUUGGAAACUAUUAAAAUGGAAAAAAGUAAGGUAACUGGGAAACUAUGUAAUUUGGGCAAAUAAUGUAUUUUAUUUAUCAAUAAUACUUUAGUGGUGGGGGGUUUUAUAAUUAAUAAGAAUAAAAGCAUGGUAAAUGGACUGAUAUACACCUUAAUUUCAAUGAGUUAUAUUUUAUCUACUAUUUAAAGCUGGAAUUAGAUUAGCUUUUAAGGCGAUUAUAAAAAUAACAUCAAAUAAGGCUAAUGGAAUACGAUAUUUUAGAGAGAAAUUAUGUAUUAAUAAUGAUAAUAAUAUUAGUGGAGGAGGUUAUUAUGAUUAAAAUGGACUUAAAAAUGGUGAAUGGAUUGACAUAAAUGAAUAAUUUUGUGAGUAAAUUAUUAAAUGAUCAUCUUAGUAAUUACAACGACAUGAUAUAUGUCGGAGUAUACGAAAAUGGAGUAAAAAAAGGAAAAUGGCAUACAAUUUAAAACGGCAAUAUAAUGUAUCAUAAUUUUUAUUCUUAGUGGAGGUGGAAAUUUCGAUGAUUAUGGGAUGAAAAAUGGAAAAUGGAUAGAAGUGAAUAAGAAUUAUAAUUAGUAAAUUUAAUAUUAUAAUUAAAGAGUAUAUUGUAUAACUGAAGUUGGAACAUUUUUAAAUGGGCUUAGAUUAAAUUAAUGGAAUUAUUUUUCUAAAGGAAUAGAAAUGUAAAAAUUUUUUAGCAUUUUAUAAGUGGUGGGGGUUGUUAUAAUGAAGAAGGACUAAAAAAUGGAGUGUGGAUAGAAUUACUUAAUAAUUUCAAUUAGUUAAAUUUAUUAAUACAGUUAGAUAAAUUGAUAUUCAAUAAAAAGGUUUGUACUACAAAGGAAAUAAAUAAGGAUUAUGGAAAACUACAUACAAAGGAGAGAAAAUGUAAUUAUAUAAAUAUGCUUAGUGGCGAAGGUUAAUAUAAUGAUUAUGGUUUAAAGAUUGGAAAAUGGAUUGAGCUAGAUUAACAAUUUAGAGUGUAUUUAGUUUAGAUUAUUAUUAGUUAUAAAUAAAUUAUUCAUAUUGGAGAAUACUAAAAUGGAAAAAAAUAUGGAUAAUGGAAUACAUUAAGAUUUGGGACUAUAAUGUAUGAAAAUAUUUAACGAUCUUUAGAGGUGGUGGUUAAUAUGAUGAAAAUGGGUUUAAGAUUGGAAAAUGGGAGAAUCUGGAUGAUAAUUUUUGCAAGUAGUUCAAUUUUGAGAUUAUUAAAAUAGUAUUAAAUAAGUAACCUAUGUUGGUGAAUACAAGCAUGGAAUAAAAUGUGGAAAAUGGGAAGCUAUUCGUUUUAAAAUAAUAAUGUAUGGAAUCAAUUUCACAAAUAGUGGUUAUGGAGAAUAUAAUUAAUUUGGCUAAAAAUGCGGUAAAUGGUUAGAUUUAGAUGAUAAUUAUUACAAGUAAAAAGAGAUUAAUAAAAUUAAAUAGUUCAAAUUAAAUGACUAGAGAAGGAUUCUAUCAAGAUGGUUUAAAAUAUGGAAAAUGGGAAGUAUUUAACAAAGGAUUAUUUAUGUUAAAUAUUAUUUAAAAUUAUAUUAGUGGCAAAGGAUAUUAUGAUGAGAACCACUCUAAAGUAGGAAAAUGGAUAGAACCAAUUAAGAAUUAUAAUAGGUAUAUAUUAAUUAUACUUUAGUUUAAAAGAAAUUACUUAUUAAGGGUUAUAUUCAAAAGGUAAAAAAAUUGGAUGUUGGAAAGCAUUUUAAUCAAAUAAAACAAUGAAUAUGUAUCCUAAAAAAUUAUUUUCAUUUAAGUGGAGGAGGAUCGUAUAAUGAAAUGGGUCUUAAACACGGCCAAUGGACAGAUUUGGAUGAUAAUUAUUAAACGUAUCAUUCAAUUUAUUGAGAAUAGAUUUAGAUAAAUAUCUUAUAGUGGUAAAUAUAUUUCUGGAAGAAAGAUUGAAGAUUGGUACAUAUUAUAUAAAGGUGGCAUUAUGUAAAACUUUGUUAAUUAUUUAAGCGGAGGAGGUUCAUAAAAUGAAUUCUAACUUAAAGAUGGAAAAACGAUAGAAAUUAAGGAUAACUUUUAAAGGUUGUUUAAUUAUAAUGCAUUAAGAUAUUGUCAAUUAACAUAUGCUGGUGAGUUUCAGAAUGGAAGAAGGUGCGGGAGAUGGUUCAUUUUUUAUUAAGGGCAUGUUUUGUAAAUAAUUCUUGAGUAUAGUAGAGGUGGAGGAAACUAUAAUGAUAAAGGUUUGAAGAAUGGAGAAUGGAUUGAACCUGAUGACAAUUUUCUUGAGUAUUCAUUUUUUUUAUUUUAAGCUGGAACUUGAAAAUUCACAUUAAAAAAUAUAGAUAAGGAAUUAAUAAAAAUUAGCUUUUAUUGCCACAAUUAUGA